UUGUGUCCCCUUGAAGGUUAAAGCACAUGCAAUAUCCUCUUUGCAGUUUCAUUCAGGUUCAGUUCGAACCGUCUGGAAAACUCUGUGAUUUUUUAAAUUAAAAAUGGCAAAAGCUUUGAAAGUUUUUACGUCUACUUCAAAACUGUUCGCCAGUGGAGGUCAGAAGAUCUUAGGCCUACAGAAACACAGCAAAUGUUUGCUAAGUAACUAUGUUGCCAAGUCUAACAAUGAGCUUUCCCUUUUCUCCCUCACUUCGUCAAGGGCAUUAAGCACGCUGUCUCCAUCAAGAUCUCUCCUAGACACACACAGUUGUUUUACAUGCACGAAGAGAAGCACUGCAUUGUAUAGCACAGAAGUUGACAAAGAAAUCUCAAAGUUUCUUGAGAAAGAAAUUGACUAUGAAAAAAAAAGAUCCACUGAAAAUCUUCCUAAAAUUUCUGGAUUUGAGAUUCAGACAGAUGGUGGAGAUGUUACAUUAACAAAGGUUUCAGGGAAAGAAAAAAUAACAGUCAAGCUAAGUGUCAAUGGUUCAGUUGAUUCUAUUAUGUCAGACAACCCAACAGAUAAGGAUGAACCACCACAAAUGAUUUGUAGACCUCCAUUUGAUAUUGAAAUCACUAAAGGGGAUGGCAAGGUCUUAGCCAUUCAGUGUGGAUUCCCUGGUCAUGAUAAUUUUGAUGAACCUGAAGAAUACAACAAGGGUGGCCAAGAAGCAGAACAAAUAGAUGACCAGUUUGAAAUUCAUGAUGUUGCUAUUCAUGAGGGUGAAUGGAAAGAUACAACAUUUACAGUUUCUGCUUCUACGAUGGACGCUGAAUUGUUUGAUCUUCUGAUGGACAUGUUGGAUGAAAGGGGUAUCAAUGAUGAAUUCAUCACUCAGUUGGUCGACUUCUGCACUGCCUACGAGAACAGCCAAUACAUUGGAUUCCUACAGAAACUGAAGGCCUUCGCAGAUAAAUAAAGACAUUUGACAUUCACCUACAACAUUGUGUGUUCACAUCAUGCAUGAUACAUUCAUCAGUUGAGUUUAGAUCAUAAAUCUCUUUGUUACAUAAUUCUCUUUUUGUGUAGAUGUCCAUAUGAUGCACAUUAUCAUUAUUAUAAGUUUCAAAACAUUCUUCUCAAUUACAUUCAUUUUAUACAAUACAAA